AUGUCUUACAUUCUACCUCAUAACCACAAUAUAAGAUCCUCACAACAAGUCCUUUCGAGGACAUCUGAUGAAAGUGAAACGAUAAAACAUCGAGAUAAGAGAGUACAAGAAGUGUACUCAAUAACCAACCUUGGGGGUAAUAGUACAAGAAGUAUACUCAACGACCCGACUUUACAAUCCACAUGGGCUCAUAGAGCAUGGAUGGUAAGUGGGUGCACCACUUUGCUAAUUUGUUUUGCCAAGUCUGCAUUAGGGGUUGUAGACUCACAUAGGUGGGUCGGGCCCCUUAUAGCCUGCUGCAUAGGCUAUGUACUAUCAGACCUAGCUUCUGGAAUCUACCAUUGGGGAAUUGACAAUUAUGGUAGUGCCAAAACUCUUGUAUUUGGUAACCAAAUUGACGCAUUUCAACAUCACCAUAAACAUCCAUGGAUCAUAACAAAGAGUCAAUUCGCUAAGAAUCAUCGCAUCCUAGCGGGGGGAGUAACUUUCAUUGUUCUCCCCAUAAAUCUUCUAUGCAAGGACCCAACAAUUCUCGCCUUCAUUGGAGCCUUUUCCGGUUGCAUUAUGUUUAGCCAGCAAUUUCAUACAUGGGCUCACGGCACAAAAAAUAAGCUGCCUAAAAUCGUGUUAGCAUUACAAGAUGUUGGGAUACUUGUGUCAAGGUCACAACACGUCGCGCACCAUCGACUGCCUUACAACAACAAUUAUUGUUUAGUAAGUGGAUUAUGGAACAAUUUUUUGGAUGGAUAUAAGGUAUUUGAGUUGCUCGAGAGGAUUUUCUUCUUUAUAUUCGGAGCGCAGCCUCGAUCAUGGAGUGGACUUGAUUUGGAAUGGACUGAAGAGAUUGAGACACAAUCUUUGUGUGAUUCACAAUACUGA